CACGAGGCAAACGCCUUUGCUGAUCCUUCAUUGUGCUGCCAUGGCUUACGGCUUCUGACACUACUUUGGCAAGUGAAUGCCUUUGCGAGAUGCCUAUGCUAUUCUGGGUAUCAGCCGCACCUGCAGCGAGGAGGAGAUUAAGCAGGCCUAUAAGGCAUUGGCUCUCAGGCACCAUCCCGACAAGGUGCUGGAUGAGAAUCAUCGCCGCGAAGCCACAGCUCGUUUUCAGGAGAUCCAGGCUGCAUUUGAAGAGCUUUGCAAGGGACACCGCAGGAUGGAUCUGGUCGUACCCUCCCGCACGGAGCUCAUGAGCGCUUGCGAGCGUGGGGAGCUGCACCUGGCCCGGCAGCUGCUCUCUGAGGUGAACCUGCAGGACAGUACUGGCCGCACCGCGCUGAUGUUCGCAGCCCAGGCGGCCCAAAUCGAGGUGAUCCAGCUCCUGCUUGAACACCAUGCAGAUGUGCAGAGAAGGAAUUGCGCUGGCCACACCUGUGUGAUGUUUGCAGUGGGUGCCGGGCUGAAGGUGGAGAGCCCUCAAGAUGAGCGCGCUUUGCGACAUUUGCAAGCCGUACGCAUGCUUUUGGACGAAGGUGCGCCAGUCAAUGGCAGCACCGGUUAUGGCCUGUCUGCGCUGAUGCUUGCAAGUACUUCAGGGCGUAUCAACAUGAUGGAGCUCUUGCUGGACCGCGGGGCGGAUGUGAACAUGGCUUCAGACAUUGGCCUGACUGCGCUGGUCAUGGCCUCUGACAAAGGCCACACAGCAGCCGUGCGGCUGCUGCUGCAGCGGGCAGCUGACGCGAACGCGCGGUACGCGAAUGGCAAGACCCCGCUGAUGUCUGCAGCAGCACAGGCGUACUCGGGCGUUGUUGAUGCCUUGCUAGAGCACCACGCUCAUGUGAAUGCACAGUCCGGCGAUGGUCACACUGCGCUCUUGUACGCUGUUGAGAUGCAGCUGAAGGAUGGCCUGGUGUGUCCUGUGGAAGGCGCCGUGACAAAACCCCAGGUGCAGGACACAGUCCGGAUCUUGCUGGCUGCCGCUGCUGAGGUCAACUUGAAGGGCCCAAGGGGCCGCUCGGCGCUGCAUGUGGCCGUGUGCAGCAGCGCGGACCUGGCCCAGCGAUUGGUGGCGGCCAAAGCAGCCGUCACAGCAAAGGAUGAGGAGGGGCAAACGCCACUGACUUUGGCUGCAGAGCGGAACAUGGAUAUAGGCCUUUCGCGUCUUCCAGCAGUUCACCACAAGCAGCUGGGCUGCUUCUCUGCCUGUGCCUGCUGGCGAUUCCUUGCCUGAAGCAGACCGGCGGUUUGGUUUCGUGGCGCCUCGGGCGUGCC